AUGGGAACAAAAGUGAAUUUAUAUAAGCACUGGAAGAAAUUAGUGAUAAAUGUAUCAUUGAUGCUGAGUGGCAGUUUAUUGAUACUUUUUUGGCCAGACAUAUGGAAUCAUAUUCUGUUCAAGCAAUGGGAGUUGAAGCCAGGCAGACUAAUGUACAAAUUUUGGCAAAAUCCACCUCAACCACUGUACCUCGAUAUUUAUUUCUUUAACUGGACAAAUCCAGAAGAGUUUACAAAUAAUUCAUCGACACCAAAAUUCCAAGAAGUUGGACCUUAUAGAUUUCAGGAAUUUCCACAAAAAACGAACAUUACCUUUCAUGAAAAUAACUCAACUGUUGGCUACAGAAAGCAAAGCCGGUACAUUUUUAUUCCUGAACAAAGUAGAGGAAAGAUGACUGACAUUUUAACAACUCCAAAUGUCGUUGCACUCGCAGCAUCGAAUCAAGCAAGAAGUUUUAACAUUUUAAAAGUUAAAGGAGUCGAACUUAGUCUAGCCUUUUUUGGACAACAAAUUUCCGUGACUAAAACAGCAUCGGAACUUUUGUUUGAAGGAUAUGAGGACUCAAUGGUUGGAGUGGCGUUAGAAAUAGCAAAAAUAAUGGGAAUUAACAUGCCUUUUAAUGAUAAUCGAUUCGGUUGGUUCUAUGAAAGGAACGAAUCAAGUCAAUUGAUUGGACAUUUCAAUGUCGAUACGUCGUUAUCAACAUUAGGUCAGUUAAGAGAAUGGACAAUGAUGGCAAAGCCAAAAUUUCUAGAGACUAAUUGCGGAAGUUAUAAAGGAGCUUCAGCUGGUGAUCUAUUCCCUCCUAAAUUAGCUAAAAAGAGUCAAAUGAUCUCAGUAUUUGCUAAUGAUAUGUGCAGAAGCAUUGAUCUCGAUUUUGUGGAAGAAACUGAAGUUGAAGGAAUUACUGGAAGAAAGUUUGUAGCCGGGGAUCGAGUCAUUGAUAAUGGAACCAAAUAUCCAGAGAAUGAAUGCUAUUGUAAUGGUGAAUGUGUGCCUUCAGGAGUCCUUAAUAUUACAGCAUGUCGAUUAGGUGCUCCAGUUUUUGUGUCUUAUCCUCAUUUUUAUAGAGGCGAUCAAUAUUAUUUGGAUCAAGUUGAAGGCAUGAAGCCUGACAAGGAAAAACAUGAAUUUUUCAUGACACUUGAACCGAAAACAUCGUUGCCGUUGGAAGUGGCUGGAAGAUUUCAAUUGAACCUUUUAGUGAAACCAAUUCCAAAGAUUAAGAUGUACCGAGACGUCCCAACCAAGUUUUUACCGAUCGUGUGGUUUGAACAGUAUUUUAAAGUCGAUAAUCAGCUAUCCCUGAUGAUAAAGCUCAUGCUAUGGAUUCCAUUUAUAGGACAAAUCCUAGGAUUCAUUAUAGCUAUUAUCGGAAUUUAUCAAACCUACAAAUUUACCUACGCUCAGCAAGGAAAGAAAUUCACAAUUCCUAAAGACAUUAGCUUAGAAAGCACAAAAAUAAGACUGCCUGAACUAUCUCCUCUUGUUAAUCAAUAA